UUCCAACCUGACUUUGAACUAAUUAUUAACAAGCUCAUAGCAGUCAGACGAUUGUAGCUUUAUUUGGAACCAGUAGUGGGCGGUAGUGCGACAAUAUGGAUGCGUACCGCCUUUUAAAAUCCACCGAAGAAAUAUGUUGGUAAUUGCGCUUGGUUGCCAUCUAGCGGAGAAAACAGCGAACAGUCGGGUUGUUGCUUUGAGUAUGUCCUGGCCGCUUGUUCAUGUAACUUUGGAUCCUCAUUUAUGAAAUGAAAACGCGUUAAUUCUUAACGUUUCAUACCUUCACAUCACAGGCCGCAGGAGCUCAGAUGUCUGCGUGCAGAUAGCGAUUAUCGCGGACUAGCUUGGUGAAGUCAAGAUGGACACCGCGGACGAAGGAGACAUCUGUCGGGUAUGCCGGUCAGAGGGUACCCAGGACAAGCCCCUCUACCACCCCUGUGUCUGCACCGGCAGCAUCAAGUUUAUCCAUCAGGAAUGCUUACUGCAGUGGCUGAAACACAGCCGCAAAGAAUACUGUGAACUCUGCAAACACAGGUUUGCAUUUACACCAAUCUACUCUCCAGACAUGCCGUCCCGCCUGCCUGUCCAGGAUAUUUUUGCAGGCUUGGUCACCAGUAUUGGAACUGCAAUCAGAUACUGGUUUCACUACACGCUGGUGGCCUUUGCCUGGCUUGGCGUGGUGCCUCUCACUGCAUGUCGCAUCUACAAGUGUUUGUUUACCGGCUCUGUGAGCUCUCUCCUCACCCUGCCUCUGGACAUGCUGUCCACACAAAACCUGCUGGCAGACUGCCUCCAGGGCUGUUUUGUGGUCACAUGCACGCUGUGCGCUUUCAUCAGCCUGGUGUGGCUGCGAGAGCAGAUCGUUCAUGGUGGUGCCCCUCUCUGGCUGGAUCAGCAUCAACCCCCUCUGGUUCCUAACCCCCCUCAUGGUCCUGCUCCGGCUAAUGAGGUCCCAGGUGCUAACGUUGGUGGUAAUGUGCAGGCGGCUGCAGAUGAAGCAGCAGCAGCGGGGCCCCCUGCUCCAGGCGGGCCAGAGCCCGCAGACCCAAACGAAGCUGGUAACCACGGAGAUGAGGCCGAACUGGAUGACGAGGAAGAAGAUGAGGACGGGGAGGAAGACGAGGAGGAGGAGGAUGAGGAAGGCAGGGAGGAGGAUGCUGCUGAUGCCAAUAACGGAGGACAAGAAGAUCUGAACUGGAACGCCCUGGAGUGGGACCGUGCAGCAGAGGAGCUGACCUGGGAACGGAUGCUGGGGCUGGAUGGCUCUUUGGUUUUCUUGGAGCACGUGUUCUGGGUGGUGUCUCUCAACACUCUCUUCAUCCUGGUCUUUGCGUUCUGUCCGUAUCACAUCGGCCAUUUCUCCGUGGUUGGACUGGGCUUUGAGGACUACGUCAAAGCUUCUCACUUUGAUGGCCUCAUCACCACCAUCCUCGGAUACAUCCUUCUGGCUGGAGCUCUCAUCGUCUGCCAUGCAUUGGCUUCAUUAGUGAGGUUCCAGCGGUCCAGACGUCUUCUGGGUGUCUGCUACAUCGUCGUCAAGGUGUCCCUGCUGGUUGUCAUGGAGAUCGGCCUGUUCCCUCUGAUUUGCGGCUGGUGGCUGGACAUUUGUUCCUUGGAGAUGUUUGAUGCCACUCUGAAGGACAGAGAGCAGAGUUUUGACUCAGCCCCCGGGACCACCAUGUUCCUCCACUGGCUGGUGGGCAUGGUCUACGUCUUCUACUUUGCCUCCUUCAUCCUGCUGCUCAGAGAGGUACUGAGGCCUGGUGUCUUGUGGUUCCUGAGGAACCUUAAUGAUCCGGACUUCAACCCGGUCCAAGAGAUGAUCCACCUGCCCAUCUACAGACACCUGCGGAGGUUCAUACUCUCUGUGGUGGUGUUUGGCUCCAUAGUUCUGCUGAUGCUUUGGCUUCCCAUCAGAAUAAUCAAGCUGUUCUUCCCAUCCUUCCUCCCCUACAACGUCAUGCUGUACAGUGACGCCCCAGUCAGUGAGCUCUCUCUGGAGCUGCUGCUGCUGCAGGUCGUUCUGCCCGCACUGCUGGAGCAGGGACACACGCGCCAGUGGCUCAAACGGCUCGUUCACGCCUGGACCUUCACGGCUGGAUACAUGCUUGACCUUCACUCCUACCUGCUGGGGGAUCAUGACGACGAUGACAACCAGCCAAACAACAACCUACCUGGUCGCCUUAACAACAACAGGAUACCUGGCCUUGGGGAGGGCCUUCAUGCUGCCCAUCAGGCCAUCCUGCAGCAGGGAGGUCCGGUGGGUUUCAGGUCGUACCACCGGCCCGCCAACUUCCCUCUCAAGAUUGUCCUGCUGGUCGUCUUCAUGUGUGUCACCUUGUUAAUGGCCAGUUUGAUCUGCCUCACGCUGCCAGUGUGUGCAGGUCGCUGGCUCAUGUCUUUCUGGAUGGGCAACGCCAUGAUCCACGAGCUGUACACCGCCGCCAGCGGCCUGUACGUCUGCUGGCUGUCCAUUCGAGCCGCCACCGUGAUGCUGUCGUGGAUGCCACAGGGGCGCAACGUCAUCAUGGUCAAAGUUCACGAGUGGACACUGAUGAUCCUUAAGACCCUGGUGGUGGCUGUCAUGUUAGCCGGUGUGAUCCCGCUGCUGCUGGGUUUGUUGUUUGAGCUGGUCAUCGUAGCUCCGCUCAGAGUCCCACUGGACCAGACGCCGCUCUUCUACCCCUGGCAGGACUGGGCGUUGGGCGUGCUUCAUGCUAAAAUCAUCGCUGCCAUCACACUCAUGGGUCCUCAGUGGUGGCUCAAAACGGUCAUCGAGCAGGUGUAUGCUAACGGUAUCCGUAACAUUGACCUCCACUUCAUCGUGCGCGGCCUGGCUGCUCCGGUCAUCUGCGUCCUGCUGCUGUCUCUGAGUGUCCCUUACACCAUCUCUAGAGGCAUCACACCGCUGCUGGUGAUUAUUCUGACCCCCCCCCCCUUGACAGGUGUGCAGCCGGAGAUGCAGACGCUGGUGGACAGGAGGAUCUAUCCGUUCCUGCUGAUGGUGGUCACCCUGCUGGCCAUCCUGACCUUCCAGAUCAGACAGUUCAAACGCCUCUACGAGCACAUCAAGAACGACAAGUAUCUGGUCGGGCAGCGACUGGUGAACUACGAGCGGCAGGCGGGCAGGAGCUCCUCCUCGUUCAGCCCCUCCUCGUAGACGCUGCUGAAGGAUCAGUGGAGCCCACUCGCUCUGUCCAGCUCUCAGGGCUUUGAUCCGCUCCUGUGGGGAAACCUGCAGGAUCCAAACUGGACUGAAGGUGGAGUCCUCUGAUUUAUCUGCUGCUGUCAUGAAUGGGAGACAAAGACUUUAAAAACAUGUUAAAGCAGCAGCAGAGAGCGUCACAGUGUGACUCUGCGUGUUGGGAUGACGUCUGUAGUGAGACUUUAUUUUAGAACGGAUUUGAGUUGAAAGAGGUCGGCUUGAGUUUAGACUCGACCUCAGGUUGUGCUUCCUCUGAAUGUUUGUUUGUCUUGGUUUCAGCGAGUCUCUGUUUACGGGACGUGUCUGACAUUUCACAGCUCUGAAGGAGAUCUUUGGACUGAAGUGUGAACGCCUCUCUUCUUAUCUGAAGCUGUCAUCAACAACAGGUGCUCUGUGAUACGGAGGGGCACACCUGAUGUAGCAAUGUGAUUUUAUUCUUUUUAAACAUUAUUUUAUUAAGUGUGUCUGUUGAUUUUGAGUGAUUGGAAUAAGGAGGAGCUGUGAGAUAGAACUACUCACAGCAUGCCUGUUACACACUCUGACUGAUUUUAAAAACCUUAUUGAAGUGCUGCUAACAGCUGAUGAUAGAAACAUCCAAACACUGAUUCUCUGUUGGAAGAAAGCAACUGACCUUCAUCACAUUCAUCUCAGAACAAACCACAUCAUCUCUGAAGGACCUGCAGGGAUGAAGGAUAUUAUCAUACUGAAGAUUAAAUCAGCAGAGGGCGAGACAUCCCGACUAUUACCACACCGAUGCUUUCCUACAUUUCAAAUUCACGUCUAAAGAACGAGGCCUUCAUGCGGCGCUCAGCGAUGAUGAAAGUAAUCUGACAUUGUGAGAGGUGUGUCUUCUCCGACGAAGCUACCCCCACAGCCUUUAUUUUAAUCAUAAGUUUUAUUUUGAAAAUCAACUUCCUUUAACUUGCAUGUGCACUGACUUUACACUCGCCUGGCGUGCGUGCGUGCGUGCGUGCGUGCGUGCAUGCGUGCGUCAGUCGGUUGAAGCCUCUGUUACAUUGUGAGGAUGUAUUAUUUUCAUAAAGCACGCCUGAUGUCAUCGGAUCACCUGAUACCCGCCUCUCUGAACGAUGUGUUCAUGUGUUACGAAAGCGUAUAGAUGGUUUUUCAUGUGCCAAACACAGAAAGUCUACUGCGAGAGAGAGAGGAGCAGCGAUUGGUCAGGGCCGAUUCCGAUGUUUAGAACAAAAGUCUUACCCAAUUCAUGAAUUCUUUUGGUCACUCCCACAAUGCGACAUUUUCUCAUCGUGUGGUCAAACAUGUCUGUUGUUUCUUGGAGUCAGUCUGAUGCUCCCUGUGUGAAGAUUUCAAGUCAGUGUGUUGUUGUUGUCGUCCCGUGUGUUCACAGCAUUGUUCUGCUCGACCGGCGCCCUGACAAACCUUUACACCCGUCACGUUUCUAAAGCACCUUUUAGAACUUGAAGUCAAAUCUUUCUUUAAUCAAGUAGAAUCAAGUUUUUUUCUAAUACAUCGUUUGAAUGUUUCAUUUUUUUUUUUUUCACCGUUUGCAAUCGUUUUAGAAUCACGAACACUGUCGUCACAGAGAGUAUGUGUUUGAGUUCUCCUCUCACUGAGGCGCCGGCGUGUCACGGCGCUCGCUCUGAGAGGCGCCGGCGCGUCACGGCGCUCGCUCUGAGAGACGUCGGCGCGUCACGGAGCUCGCUCUGUCAGCUGUGCAUCAUCUGUUCCUCACACUGACACGUGUUGUCUGUUUGUUCGAUGUUUUUCUGUUACAAUGUGUGUGUGCGUGCGUGCGUGCGUGCGUGGUUAACAUGAACUUGAGUGCUGCUGUGUGUGGAUGCUCACAUUAUUUGGAUGAAGCGCUAAAGUGACCUUUUAGUGAGCCAUGAACUGAGCCGGACACUUUCCAGUUAUGGUCUUCGAUUUCAAUUUGUAGAAGCGAAUGAUUUCUAUUUUUAUAAGCGCAGGACAGAGGCGUUGGCAUGUACUUCUUCAUUGUUCUGGUUCUUUAGUAUGAAACCAUAAUAAACCAUUUUCAUCAGACUCCACUGUUUUCUUUUCUCCUCGCUCACUGAUGAUGCUGUGGUGACAUCAUCUCAGAGAGCUCCAGAUGACUAACACUACGAGAACCUACAAAAUAAAAUCCUGCUUCAGAAA